AUGAAAUCCCCCAUCUCUCUUCUCGCGGCCGUCGGCGUAGCCUCGGCUGCCUCCCCGCAGACCCUCUUGUCCCUCGCCUCCACCGCGUCCGACAUCAUCGACGCUUCGCCUUUCCUCUCAUUCCACCGCGACAUCGUCCAGAUCCCCUCCGUCUCUGGUAACGAGACGGCCGUAGGCACCUUCGUGGCGGAAUUCCUCGAAUCGCACAACUUCACCGUCAUCAAGCAGCCCGUCCCCUCAUCCUCCAAAGGCGACCCCAACCGCUUCAACAUCUUCGCCUACCCAUCCACCUCGCCUUCCCAAGACCGCCCUGAGAUCCUCCUGACCAGCCACAUCGACACCGUACCCCCCUUCAUCCCCUAUGGGCUCCACGAUGACGCAAACAACAACUCCAACAUCCUCAUCUCCGGCCGCGGCACCGUAGACGCCAAAGCCAGCGUCGCCGCCCAGAUCUUCGCCGUCCUCGAUACCCUCGAAUCCAACCCAUCCGCCAGCCUAGGCCUCCUCUUCGUUGUCGACGAAGAAGUCGGUGGCCUCGGCAUGCGCACCUUCUCCGACAACUCCACUCUCAAUCCUUCCCCGUCCCCCUACCAUACCGUCAUCUUCGGUGAACCCACCGAGCAGGCCCUCGUCGCCGGCCACAAAGGCAUGCUGGAGUUCCCCAUCAUUGCAACUGGCCAAGCCGCUCACUCGGGAUACCCCUGGCUCGGUAGCAGCGCCAUCUCCGCCCUCUUGCCCGCUCUAUCGCGGGUUGAUCGUCUAGGCAAGAUCCCAGAAGCGGAGGGCGGACUUCCCGCGAGCGAUAAAUACGGCGAAACGACCGUGAACAUUGGGCGCGUGGACGCUGGUGUCGCGGCCAACGUAGUGCCCUCGUCCGCGAUCGCUGAAGUGGCGAUCCGUCUGGCGGCGGGCACGCCCGACGAGGCGAGGGACAUUGUUGCACGUGCGGUGAGAAAUGCCACUGGUGGUGAUGAGCAUGUGUACUGCGAUUUUGCUGCGUAUUCUGGUGGGUACGCACCUCAGGACCUGGACACAGACGUCCCCGGAUUCGAGAUCACCACGGUGAACUAUGGUACGGAUGUGCCGAACCUGAAGGUCUCCGAGGGAGUCAAGCGCUAUCUGUAUGGCCCGGGUAGUAUCCAUGUUGCGCAUGGUGAUAAUGAGGCUAUCACUGUCGGACAAUUGGAGGAGGCGGUCCGUGGGUACAAGCGGCUCAUCGAGGCUGCUGUGCAGCGGGCUCGCAGGAAUUAA